CGUCCCUGCUGUGACGCAUGGCGACACAAAGAAUGUCGUUCUUUGUCGUCAGAUUCGUCACUUUGGGGGGGCUUCGUUCCACAUCGUCGGUCCGAUAAUCCAUUUCCUUAGCGACAUGUCUUUCCUGUGAACCUCGAGGGAACCCUCCCUUCACAUUUCGUCGGUUUGACGUAAUGUAGACUCACGCAUAGUUUUUCCGAUCACGCCUUUGGGCUGAGGUUGGAGACAGGGCAAGGGGAAAGCCACGCACGGGGGGGUCGGAAGGCCAAUUGGUGGAGACUGGAGAGCUCGUAUAAAACGGAACCUCGCUCUCUAUCGGGAAGGUCGAGCCACUAGAAACCAUUCCGAGCCAUACACUCAUAGCCAUUACAAUCCAAAUAACAGAAUUCAUUCACCAUGACGGGAACACACAUCGUUGAUGCUAUUCUCAAGGAUCAUAAGGAGAUCCAGGCUUACUAUGAGCAAUACCUAGCGAACACCGACAACCCCACCGAGCAAGAAAAAUGGGCCAACCAACUCCGCUGGGAAAUCGCGCGUCACUCCAUCGGCGAAGAACUCAUCGUCUACCCCGCCUACGAAAAGCACUUCCCCAACGGCAAAGCCCUCGCCGACAAAGACCGCGCCGAGCACCAGCAGGUCAAGAACGACCUCUACACCCUGCAGAGCCUGACGCCCGGCAAGGAUGCGGACUUUGACCCGUUGAUUGCGAAGAUGAUGAGGGAGUUGAGGGCGCAUAUCAAGCACGAGGAGGAGGAGGAUUUGCCCAAGUUGCGCGCGGCGUUGUCGCAGAAGGAUGCGGAGUAUAUGGGAAGGCAGUUUGAGACUACUAAGAACUUUGUUCCUACUCGCUCCCACCCUUCCGCCCCCGACAAGCCCCCGUUCGAAACCCUCGCCGGCCUGCUUGCGGCACCGCUGGACAAGCUCCGCGACGCCUUUUCAAAAUUCCCCACUACAGAGCAAGUCCAGGCUGUUGAGCCUUGAAAUUGAUAUGCAGUUUCUUGCGACAGUAUGAGGUUCACGCGUCGCUUUUUUUUUUGGGAGGGAAGAAUCGGAGGAGGGAGGUCUGAUCCCAUCUUAUAAGCGAGGAGAGAUAUGGAAGAGAUUGCUGGGCAUUUCUUUUUCACUUGUACAAAGUAUACGCAAAAAAAUCGUAUGGAGCUCGUCUGACAUGGUUGCAUAUACUGUACAGUUGA